CUGCCCCGGCCCCGCGCGUCCUCGGGCCGCGACUCCAGGCCGGGCCGCGCGCGGUGGGGAAGCAGCGGCGGGACUUGCCGGUGGAGGAGCCGGCGGGCCCAGGAGACGCCUCCGGCCCGGGAAACUUGGACCGAGACCAUGACGGGGUGCGGGACCGGCCGGGGCGGGGGGGUCCUGAACGGUGACAGCCCGUGACUGUGGGUGACACGGCGCGUGAGGCGGCCCAGCCCGGGCGAACGUGGGGCCGGGACACUGGGUGGUGACGCCGGGCCGAGCGGGAGACACAGACGGGCUCUGUGUGUCUGUGACAGGCAGAGUGUGUGCGUGUGAUUGUGUGUGAGAGAGAGACCCCGGGUCACUGCGGGUUGCGGUGACCCCAGCCCACUGUAAGAGGACCCGGGUCACUGGGGUCACUGAGUGUGUGUGACCAGAGCAGGGCCAGGGCCACUCGUUAAUGUGAGUGUGAAACGGGAGAGGAACCCCAAGUUCCUCUGUGAAAACCAGCCCCUGAAUCACUGGGGCCAUCGUGUGUGUGGGGUCAAGUACCGUGUGUGCGUGCGUGCGUGCGUGUGCGUUUGUGUGUCUGCUCCUCAAGGCAAUGAGUGAGAGAUGGAAGGAGGGGGAACCUCAAACACCUGCCAGCAGAUAAGGUGCGGGGCAGGGAAGGAGAGGGCCAGGGGAUAGGGGUCUCUCCAAGACUGUCCCCAAGAAGGCCCCACUUAGGAGCUCAGUUUAGUGAGGGGGUGGACCUUGAGUGACUUGCCCUAGCAGAGGGACAUGGGGGCCAAGGCUGGGUGGCAUCUGAUAGGUAGGGUGACACCUCUGGCAGCAGCUGAGGGGCCCUGAGGUAGCCUCAGGCUCCACCUCCCAAAAACACACACACACACUUUCUCUCUCUCUGAGGUCCAGAUACCUGGCACAUUUCUGCCCCCUGGUAACCUGUAUUCUCACUGGGCCCAGGCACCAUCUUGCUCUCAGACCUGCCCCCACUGGGCCUCAGUCUCCCCAUCUGCACACUGAGGUGUUGGGCUGUGAACCGGACUGUGAAUCAUCACUUUGGGAUCCUCUAUUGUUUUUGGGUCAACGGCUUCUGUUCUCCCCUCCCUCCCUUCGGGCAGAAAGACUGCAGUGGGGGAUGCAGGCAGACUGUCUGCUGGGGACACAGUGGCCCAGGGGCUGCACCCGGUGCUGGUGACAGCGUUGGAAGCACAGCUCCUUGCACCAAGCCCAAAAUUCUGAUCCAUAGACACUGACUUCUCUGGCCCAGGUCUCCUUUCUUUAGUUCCUUGCAUAGGGAGAGGGGGCAUGGACCUGUUCCCCAUGAGUGGGCUUUCAUCUGGGAGGCUGAGUUCUUGCUGCUGGAGAGCUGGAGCAGGGCCCCUUCACCUCUGGGCUAGACCCCCUUGAGGCUCCCAUGCCCACAGGAGGGUCUGUGGGAUUCAUGCAGGGUGGAAUGGAAAUCAGGCUCCCUAGCCCAGGAGGGGUGCAGGGGCACCUGCUGAAGGAUCUGGAAGUUCUGUCCUCUGCUGUCAUCCUCUGAAAAUGUUGACUGCUUUCUAGUGCGGACGAGGGUCGGGGGACAGUGCCAGGCACUGUGCUGAACACUUUAUGGAGUGCUCUUGUUGACUCCUCACAGUGGUUGAGAUGUGGUGACUGUUUUUCAGAAGGAAACGGAGGCUCAGAGAAGCAAAGUGACUUGCUCAAGGUCACAAAGAGUCAGGACGGUGCCAGGACUGGCAUUCAGGUCUUCUGCCCCUGAAGCUGUGAGACGGAGAGGGCCACCCACCUUCCCAAUGUCUGCUUGAGGCUUCUCUGAGCUUGCGUCUCUCAAACCCGGGCUGGCAGGCAUGGUCUGGCCAGCGUGCCAUUGUGAGUUCUGAGUGUGGUGUGUGUUUGCACACGUCUGAAACAUUGGGGGCAGGUGGGUGACACGGUCUUCCUGUUUCACCUCCUUGUCCUCCCUCCCCUCACUUCUCACCCCUAGCCAGAGGUCACCAGAAAGGCCUAUCUCCUGCCUUGUAGAGCCUGUAGCUGGCCGUGGGAGCGUCCACAUAGCUCUGAAGAGUGUCUGGAGUCUGCAGCACAGCCCAGGCUCCAAGGGUGGCGAGAAUAAGUGAGAGUCCCAGUUGACCUUCACCAUAGCUGAGGGGCCCUGUGCCCCCUCUUUGGAGUUGCUCUAGGGGCAAUUUCCCAAAUCCUGCCAUGUGCUGUGGUGGGGAGCAGGCUGCGAGAGACCUUGAGCCUAUGCCCCCCCCCUCAGGGACCUCAGUCUCCCCAUUCUUCCCAGAGGCUCCUGCUAGCUCUGAGCACUGCUGCUGUUUGGACGAGAGCUGGAGCUAGGGACUGGGGUAUCCCUCUGUCCUCUCUGGAAUGACUGGAGCGAUGCUCUUUGGGGCUGGUCAGAAUAGCUGUCUUGGUCUCCUGGGGCUGAGCCUGAGUUAUUUCCAUCCCCAACAAAGAGGUGGAAAUAGCUUAGGCCUGGGAGUGGGGGGAGAGGGGAAGGGUUACCCUCCUUUUCUGGUCCCAGCCCCAGUGGAGGACCCCCCAGCCCCACCCUGUGCUCUGCCCAAGCCAAACCUUUCUGGUAAUGUAGGCCUCCUGGGAUGGCAGGGAUCACAGUGGGGCCAGGCUGGGUUCCACUUGUGACCUGUGUGAUAGUUGCUGGAGGGAGGUGCCUGUGUCUGGCCAGGGAGGGGAGACUUUGAGGGGCAGUUAGCACCGGCCCCUGCUCAUACGGUCAGCCCAUUUUACAGAAGGAGAGACUGAGGUUCUGAGAAGUGCAGGGACUUACCCGAGGCCCCCAGAACUCUGAUAUUCUGGCUCUCAGCCUCCAGACAGGCUGGCACUUCUGUCCUGCCACACGUUCCCCAGAGGACUGGACGUGGCCCAGGACUGGAAGCAGGCCCGAGACACACCUUCACAAAAUUAGGGCUGCCUCUUUUGUUCUGGCACUGGCCUUGCUGUCCUUGCCCAGACUCCUGUACUGGCCUCUCUGCCUCCGUUUGCAGUUUCUUCACACUCUGCCAGAGUGACCUCUCUAAGGUAACUUUUUGCCUACAGUGAAUAGUCCAAACUCCUCAUCCUAGCAUUGAGGCCCUUAUGAGCUUUACAUCUUCAUCCUCACCUCUCGCUCCCAGAUGCCUGGUUCUACUUGGCCUUUGCUUUUGCUGUCCCCUCUUUCUAGAACCUUCCUGGCCAUUCAGGAUACAGCUCCAGUCACCCCUCUCCCAGGAAUCCCUCCCCAGCCCAAUGUGAGUCCCUCUUCAUUGUUGUGGUCCACCUGCUGGGUGUCCCCCCUCACCUCUGGGAACAGGCGCAGGUAUGGGGCACCCAUGGGCCCUGCAUGCCCAGCUGGGUGGGGCUGGCCUGGCCGGCAGCCUGCCCCCUCCCACUGCCAUAUCUGUGCUGGCCAGCCCUCUUCCCGAGGAAGGGCAUCCACUGUAGGCUGAGGGCCUGCUGUGUGCUGGGAUGCAUAGGGAGGUUUGCACUCAGGGUCUCUGACGCUCCUGAAUGUGUGCUGGGGGUUGGGGGUGAAGACUCAAGGCCACCCCGUGGGGAGGGGUGAGUUUGGUGCUGCCCUGGGCCCUCCUCAGGCAAGGCCCUCCUUCUGGGCCCGCAGAAGAAAGCGCUGAGGCUCUGCCAUGUGCUAGUCCCUGGGCUCAGGUCUCCUCUCAGCCGCACUGACAGGGAAUCCCCUUCCUUCCCGAGCUGCUCAAUGGGGAGCCAAGACUCAGAGAGCAGAGGGGACGCAUCCUAGUUUGAGUCACACAGCCACCUUCUGGCACUCAAGCUCUCUCCCAGCCCCCAACCCUGUCUCCAGGUAGAGGCAAGGGUCGUCUGACAAUUCUGGCAUCAGUUGCCAAGGACAGACCAGGCUGGCUACCUGCAGGGGGAGAAGGAAGUGCCGGUGGGGCUGUUCAGUGCCUUGCCUGGCUGGGCAAGGCCAGACUCCCUCCAUUACGAGGCCACCCGGUCUGCCAGGUAGGCCAGAGCGGGAGGGGUUUUGCCUGAGAGCAGCCGGCAGGGCCACUCCGGCCCUGCUCCCACUCAGGAUUAGAGGCUGGGAUGUGGUCUCUGGCAAAGCUUAGUGCCCACUCUGUGCUGAGCCCCUGGGUGCCUGGGCCUAACUGGGGCCGGGGUGGCAGGGAAGACAGGAGGGAACCACUGCUGUGUCCCUACUGUGUGCCCAGCCCUGGGAUUAGGACCCAAGGCUCUUACAUCUUCAGCCUCAUGUCCACAGGGUCUGCAGUCCCCUCCAGGUAUAGGGAGGGAAAAGAGGUCCUAGAGAGGGGAAGGGACUUUCAAGACUCUAGUGUCACUGGGGUCCUAACCCAGGUCUGUCAGUCUGGAAGGCCAGAGCUCUUUCCUGGGCCACCCUGGGAAAGAUGAGAGCUCUAUAAAUAAACAGCCCAUGUGGCUGUGAGUGUGUGCCCUGGCUUUUUGGCACAGACAGAGAGGGAUGGAGGGGCCUCUGCAGCCAACUAAAGGGAGUGUCUGAGUGUGUGUGUGGAGAGAGGAGGAGGCCCUAAGCUUGGACCUGCUCACCCUCACCAUGAGAAGGGGCAGUCAGCACAGGGAGGGGCCUGGCCGUCCACAGUGUCUGGCCCUGCUGUGUGCCCAGCCUCCUGCAUGCCACCGCCUGCCUCCCUCCUUCCCUCGAGGGAGACCACAAACAGUGAUGGCUGAAGGGGCCCGGAGAGGGGAGGGUCCAACCUGACAGGGAGACUGGGAAGGCUUCCUGCAGGAGGCAGCGCCCGGGCUGUGGCCUGAUUGUAAGAAGAGCCACUGUUCGCCUACGAACCCUGGAUCCUCCAGCCUCACCAGGAGGUCAGCUGAACAGGCACAAUUACCCCAAUUAUGGAGGAGGAAAGAGGCCCAGGGACGUGGGGCUGGGUCCUGACUGCUCAGCAGCCCUCUGUGUUCCUGACUGUGGCUUCAGCUGUUGUGGGAGUAGGUGGACACCGGCCUCUAAGGGGCUGGGAAAUGGGCACCCAGAGUCCUCCCCGAGAGGCCAAGGCUCCUCCGCCCGUGCUGCUGGGACCGACAUUGGGUUCCCCAAAGCACUGAACCACUAGGCGACCUUGGCUGGAUGCUGCUCGAUCUGAGGGCUCCUCCUCUGGGCCUUGUGGGCCGUGGUGGGAACUGUACUCAGGAGAGGACCCCCCAGCACCACUUACAGUGGCUCCGCUUCUCCCCUUCACAUCCCCAGAGGCAGGGGCCAGAACCCCCGUUUUCAGAGGAGGACCCUGAAGCUCAGGGAGGGUGAGUAACUUGCCCACGGUCACAGAACCACUAAGUGGUGAGCCAGAGCUCAAACCUCGCCGUGACUACUCCGGAGCCCAGCCUCCCGCCUCUUGCUGACCCCAGUCCUCAAGCUCUGUUGGUUAGGGCCUGAGCUGAGAUUUUUGGGGAAUGGAGGUCUCUUUCCCCAGCACCCCAAUUCUGUAGGAGUUGGAGAACGGAGCAGGCUGGGGCUGUGAUCUCCUCUCAUUCUCUCUCAAAGCUUCGCCCAAGUCGGCCACGUUGGGGUGAUGGGGCAGGGCCUGUGCUGAGCAGACUCUGGGCCGCCCUGGCACAUUAGUGAUGGGGACCAGAGAGCAGCCCGGGCGGGAGGCAUAGGUGGCUUCUUGGAGGAGGAGGCAGCAGUAGCAUGAGCGGGGUGUGCAGUGGGCGUCCUCCAGCCUCCCUGCAGGAAGCCCGUGGUGCCCAGCGGUUGGGUGCUGGGCUGAGCAGAGCAUGCAGGAGCAGUGGGGGUGCCAGGUUUGUGGUGGUGAGGGCAGGGGCUGCUGCCCCUACUCCGGCAGGGCAAACCUUGUCUCCUUUGAGACCACGUUGUUACAGGGUACUACUUAGCCUCUUUGUGCCUCAGCUUCCUCAUCCGUGAUGCCUGGAGGCCUGUCUUUGAGGCCAGCGGAGGGAGUGAGGCACGCAGUAAAUGGUUAGUGAGGGGGUGUUGGGGAGCCCCAGCUCUGCCCCAGAGACGACUGUCUGGUUUGGGCACCCCCUCCGCAGCCCCAGACUCAGCCCAGGGAAGAGGCAGGGAUUGUACCACACCCAGACGGCGAGGAGUUGGGUGGGCCUCGUCUGGCCACCUCAGCCCUUUUCUUAGCCUCAAGGGCCAAUUAGCCCCCUCAGCCCCACCUGCCCACCUCACCCCCUGAACCUCUGAAGCCCAGGCCCUGUGGCAGCAGGAGGUCUGAGGGGCAGAACUGUGCCCGGCCCCUGGGGAUGGGCCAGGGAGCAGCCGCUGCCUGGUGGGCUACCAUGUAGGAUUAGGGGUCUGCACGUGUGGAGUCCUCACCCCAGGCUUGUGACCUGGGAGACCGUGGCUGCCCAAGGCUGGGGUGGGGGUAGGAAUGGGGGCGCUCUUCUCUCCGAGUGGCCCUGAGGCAGCCUCUGCAUAUCUCUGGGCCCCCAGUCAGCAGCCCUAGGGAGCUGGGCUCCACCCUGGGAUCUCCUCUUCUUCCCCUGGGAAUUCCCAGCCUUCCCCAGGCUUCUGCUUCUCGCAGGUCCCAGUGCCUUUUCCCGCCAGAGCUGGCACAGACUAGGGCAUGUGCUGUGUGAUAGCCCCUUGGCUGAACCAUGUACUGUGUGCCGCUCGCUGCCCAGCCUCUUCCAUUAGGUUGGCAAACACUGGGAGAACAUCUGCUCUAUGCCAGGCCUCGGGCUGGGCUCCAGGGUAGGCGGGCCCAGAAGUGAGAUGGGAAGCAGAGUCAGACAGAUCUGGGCUUCAUCCCUGCUUCACCACUUACUGGCUGUGUGACCCCUGUGGCCUCAGUUUACCCGGGUGUGAAACAGAUACUCACCUCUCCUGUGAGGAGUGGAGGCAACCCAGGCGGAGGGCCUGGCCCAAGGGAAGGAGGGCAGAGGAGGGAAGGGAGGCAGUGCCUGGCUGCCCUCCCUGCCGCCCACUGUGGGCACUGCCCUACUUCAGCCCCAGUUGCCAGGGAACCACUGGGUUCCUCACUAACCUGGAUUUCUCUAUUGACUGGUGGCCUUUGUCUUCCUGUCUCGGGUGCGGCCACCGCCGAGGGAGGCCUGUGUCCAGCUGUGUUUCCAGGCAACCCGGCCUCUGGAGGCUGCAGGGAGGUCCACAGGCCCUAGAGCCUCUGGCUGGGGAGACAGAAGUACCUGCCUCCCACCUCUGCCCCAGUCCCACCUCACCUGGCCGGCAGCCUGGCAAGCCCUCUGAGACACAAAUUGUUCCAUCCUCUCCCUCCCCUGCUAACCCUUCAGGGCUCCUGCAGGCCCUGGGGGCAGUGCCAGCUUCUCAGCUGGCAGUCGAGGCUUGGCGUGACCUGGCCUUUGUCCACCAACCUUCCCAGACCCCUCUCCCUUCCUGCACGCUCCCGCCUCCCAGAUUCUUACCGUGGCCAAUCGGGCACCUCCUGGGUACCAGGCUCUGUGCCAGACAUUGUAAAUAAACAAAAGAGAAUCGUAUUUUACCUCACACCUGCCUUUCAAGUGUGUCAUCCCCCUCCACAGUUUAUACAUGCGGAAACUGAGGCACAGUGAAUACUUAACUGAGGGCUUAUUCUGUGCCAGGCCCUGUGCUGAGUAUUUAACGUGUAUUCCCUCCUCUUACUCUCACAACAGCCCCCUCUGUAGGGGGGUCCACAGCCACAGAGCCGGUGAAGAGCAGAGCAGGCUGGUUCUCCCCAGGAAGCCCAGGGCGAAUCCCCUGCCUAACACCCCCCCCGCCCCCCCCAGGCUCCUUAACCAUCAGCCUGCUGUCAGGCCCUCUCAACCUUGGCAAAAGCCGGACCCUCUCCUGAGAGUGCCUUUUUUGAUCCCUGCCCUCCUCCGCACCGUUCAGCACAUACCUACCCACAUCCAGAGGCAGCACAUGGGGAAGGGGCUGGGUAGACAGGAUGGUCAUGUGCCAUUAAUGCAGAAGGGGAGGUGGUGGUUAGGGGCUUCCAGGAGGCAAUGACUUUGAUCUGAGCUCUGAAGGAAGAGGAGGUGUUGGCAGGUGAUGGCAGGGGUUUCUGGGCAAAGGAGCAGCAGGUACCAGUGCACGGAUGAGAGAGGCAAGUGUAGGGGAUCAAAAGAAGCUCAGAGUGGCUGGAGUUUGGGGUGGCAGGGGCCAGAUCUCGGCGUCAAGACACCUGGGCUGCAGGUGGAGCUGAACUGGAGGCCAGGGGGCAGGGGGUAGGCAUGGGGCUCUGCAAGACCUUUGGGAUUCAAUGGAGCUUCAGUGGCCACCACACAGGCCAGAGUGAGGCUGGAGAGUGAGUGCGGGCAGGGGAGGGCCCAGGCUGGGCCCGGGUGACCCCGCUGAGCUUCAGUUCUGGGAAAGGGGAAGCUGCUGAGCCCGGGCCACAGCUUCCUCUUUGUCUGAGGCCUCUAGGGCUGCACCUCCCCAGGGCUCCACUGCCUCCAGCUUGGGGCCCUGGUCAUGGCUUGGCUAGUUGGCUUUCUUCCAGGGAAUUUCUGUUCUGAUUGUUUGGGCAUUUUUUGGAGGGUGGGAGUGGGCUGUAAGGAAGCCUCCCCCCGCUCUCCCAUCCCGCCAUGAGCCUCCUGUUCCAGACACUGGCGGGGGCGGGUUUGUGGUGAAUGAGACAGACAUCCCUGCCUUCGCUGCUGUCUGGUUGGGGGGCAACGAGUACACAAGUAAGCAAACACUUAAUUAUAAAGCUGGGCGCGGGGGGCGGAGGGAAAGAAGGGGUGAUGGGGAAGAAGUCCCACGACCUGCUUUUGGCUCGUUGCCUCAUUUAAACCUCCCAACAACCUUGCCUUGGGAGGGAAACAUCCCCAUCUUGCAGGUGAGGUAACUGAGACCCGGCCAGGUGAAGCAGGGGCUCAGGGCCCACAGGGAGUGGUGUCAAUGGGGCCUGGCCCCAGGCUGGGAGACUUCGGGAAGCAGUGGCCUCUAAGCUAACUUCCUUCUCUGCCUGGGCCCUGUGGGGUGGUUCUCCUCUGCCAGGAGCACCGGGGCGGGAGAGGAGGCUCCUGGCUGUGGGCUGAGGAUGCUACCCUCCUCCAGGCCUUAGUCUGCCCAUCUUUGACAGCCCUCCCUCCUCCAGGAAGCCCUCCGGGAGGUUCUGGGCUGUGGAAGGUCACUGACUGCCCGGCCUUCAGGACAAGGCAGAGGGGUAGGGAUGGGGCCUUCACAGAUCCCCAGCCAGCCAAGGGGCUUCGAGCUGAGCUUGCUUUUCCAUCAGGGUUCUGGGGCUCAGGGCUUAGAUGCUGGAGGCCUGGUGGGGAAGGGGGUUCAGGGGCGGGGGUUCACAGCAGCAGUUGUGUCCACGUGUGUGUGCAGGGUUCUGGGCGGCUGGCCAUUGGCUGCCUGACCGGGCAGGUCUGUCGGGGGCUCAGUCGGGCCUGGGGAAGCAGCUGUAAGCAGAGACUCGGGCGGCCAGACUGGGGCUGGGGACCCCCCGGGGCCUGAGGAUGAAGCUGAGCCCGCUGCACUGGCCGCUGUCCUGCCUCCUGGUGCUGCUGCCCUGGCCUCUGGCCACUCCAACAUCAGUGACCCCUUGGCAGUGCCCGCCCGGGGAGGAGCCCAACCUGGACCUGGAGCAGGGCACACUAUGCAGGUCCUGUCCCCUGGGCACCUUCUCAGCCUCGUGGGGCUCUAGCCCAUGCCAGCCCCACUCCCACUGCAGCCCUCGAGGGAGGCUGGAGGCCCAGGCAGGCACGGCGACUCGAGACACACUAUGUGGAGACUGCCAGCCUGGGUGGUUCGCCCCCUCAGAGGUGCCCCGCGUUCCCUGUCAGCCGUGCUCUUGGACACCCCUGGGUACUCACAGCUGUCAUGAGCGGAGGCAGCGGGCCCGACGUGGCGUGGAGAUGGCAGCAGGGGCUGGCGGCACUGGGGAGAGGCGGCAGCCAGACAACAGCACACGCGCAGGCAGCCCUGAGGAGACGGCUGCCCAGUACGCGGUUAUUGCCAUCGUACCUGUCUUCUGUCUCAUGGGGCUGCUGGGCAUCCUGGUGUGUAACCUGCUCAAGCGGAAGGGCUACCACUGCACAGCCCACAAGGAGGUCGGGCCUGGCUCUGGAGGUGGAGGCAGCGGGAUCAACCCUGCCUACCGGGCUGAGGACGCUAAUGAGGACACCAUCGGGGUCCUGGUGCGCCUGAUCACAGAGAAGAAAGAGAACGCGGCGGCCCUGGAGGAGCUCCUGAAGGAGUAUCACAACAAACAGCUGGUGCAGACCAGCCACAGGCCUGUGCCCAGGCUGCCACCGGGCCGCCCCAACAUGCCGCACAUCUGCCCGCAUCGCCACCACCUCCACACCGUGCAGGGCCUGGCCUCAAUCUCUGGCCCCUGCUGCUCCCGUUGUAGCCAGAAGAAGUGGCCUGAGGUGCUCCUGUCCCCUGAGGCCGCAGCUGCCACCACUCCCACUCCCAAACUCCUGCCCAACCCAGCCAGGACCCCCAAGGCUGGGGCCAAGGCAGGACGCCAGGGCGAGAUCACCAUCUUGUCUGUGGGCAGGUUCCGUGUGGCCCGAAUUCCUGAGCAGCGGACAAGUUCAGCAGCCUCUGAGGUGAAGACCAUCACGGAGGCUGGGCCAUCAGGGGGUGAUCUCCCCAACUCCCCGCAGCCUGGCCUCCCCACUGAGCAGCGAGCAUUGCUGGGAAGUGGUGGAAGCCACACUAAGUGGCUGAAGUCCCCAGCAGAGAACAAGGCUGAGGAGAACCGCUAUGUGGUCCGGCUAAGUGAGAGCAACCUGGUCAUCUGAGGGGCUGUCUCAUCUGAGGACACUGCAGCCCUGCCCUGGGAGGUUCCGAAGGCUUCCUGGAGGAGGUGGAGCUGCAGCUGGGCCUGUUAGGAUCAAGCAGCUAUGGCCCAGCCGACGAAACAGCAAAGGCCAAGGCCUGGAGGUGGGAAUGUCCGCCCCAGUGAGGAGGCAGGCCGGCCAGUGAGUGCUGUGUGCAGGAGCAGGUUGAGAGCCCGUCCCCUUUCCCUGCCACCCAGUUCCUUCCCUGCAGGAUGCCCCUGACCCUGUACCCUGCCCUAGCCAGAUCCUAGGAGCUCACGGUAUCCUCUGUACCACCAGGGGGCUAGGCCUUAGCGAUGGGGAGGGGCACCCUGCCUGGCCCGCCUGGCCCCAAGCCUUGGUAAUUAGUGGUCCCCUGCCUCUGUACAGGGCCCUAGAGCACAUGUACCUCCCCCUCCUCUUCCAGCAGGUCCUGUACAGGGAAGGGGCAACAAAAAGCCAUGGGCUGGGAGGCUGAGUUCCUGGGUUCUAAUCCUGGGCAAGUCCCUGGUUAUCACUGGGUCCCAAUUUUUCUGUGAAGUGGGGAGAGAACGACAUCUCAGUGCCAGGGCUCCUUGGGUCCCUUGCAGUCUCUGGGCUGGGUUGUGUGUGGGGAGGGCUUGCCUCCUUGCCACCACUCCCAUUAGUAGCUUUAUCUGGCUCAUUUUUGCUGCUUCCAGGGCCUCCACCUCCAAGGCCCCUAUGGGGCUGCCUAUCCACGGCUCUGUCUACAGAAGUGGCUUAAUGCAUGUGCCUGCCCCCGACCCUGCUGUUUUUAUUGAAAUUGAAAAAACAGACUUGACCUGGGCAGGGCUGUGGGACAGAGCCCCAGCCUGCCCAGCCACCCCCAGGAUCUGAGGAGCCUUGGGGGAGAGGGGUGUGUGAUGGAGCUGGAGAGGCACCUCUGGCCUCGGUGGUUUUUGUGUCCCUGUGGUGUUGGUGCGUCUGUCUCCCAGCCUGGGCAGUGCAGGCAACUGCCCAGCCCCCAUCUCCACUCAGCAACCUGGUUAUUUAUGUGGGGCCGUGCAGGCACGGGCCCCACUGCCAUCCCCAUUUUAUUUAUUGGAACUUUGCUGUUGUCCUAUCCUUGCGUCUCUAUCCCCAUCCAGUUGUUGAAUAAUAAAAGGUGGGAAAGUGGU